GGAAAAAGUUGAGAGACAUUGUAAGAGAAUAUUCGCCACACUUCAUCGUUCACUCGCGCCAGCAAGAAAUUUCAAUUCCCUCCAUUUUUCCCCAAAUUCGAAUCCACAAACCCUUAUUUACUUCAAUCUAAAAUCCAUUCCCUUUCUAUUUCUCUCUGUCGUUCUCAAUUUCCCUUCUAAUUUCCAUGGCCAACUCCGAAGUGCCCUCAUUUUCCCUAGGUCUCGACACGCCCCCGCAUUCCCCAUUCAAUCCACCUCCUUCUCCGACCGCCCAUGUCUCCGACUCCGAACCCGACACUCGACCCGACCCGCAGCGCCCCCUUCUCAAACGCCUCCGCCGCGGACCACCUUCGCCGUCCCUCGACGCCGACGUGGAUGACGAUAUCGAGGAGUUCUCCUCGCAGGAAGAUCCCGAUCAAGUGCAUACGCUUCUAUCGGCAUCGAAUCGUUCCGUGUGUAGCAGCUCAAAAAUUUCGUUGAAUGGUAGUAGAGUUUUCAGUUUAACCCCUCAUCAUUGUAGUAACUCUUCCAGAGAUGGGAAAAGAAAGGAACAUUCGGAUGAUGUUCCUGCUUCUUCUAGGUUAGAAACAGGGAAGAGUGGCUUGAUGUUUCCCAAGUUAACGACUAGUCCUCUCCGUAGGUUUCAGUUAAUUGAUUCCGAUGAUUCCGACGUGGAUGUUGGUGGUGGCGCCAAUAAUGUUAACCCUAACGACAAUUUAAAACAAGAUAAGAAAUUAUCUUUUGAUGACAACAAAAAUGUGGAUCUUUGGAAGGAUUUUUCGCCCCUAAAAAAUGAUUCUGUUCCUGAGUUUCGACUAAUUGAUUCCGAUUCAGAUGUUGAUGUUGGCGGGGAUAAUGAAGUUUACUUUAACAAUCAUUUAGAAAAAAACAAGGAAGCAUCUUUUGAUAAGAAUAUAAACGAUUCUCUAUGGAAAGAUUUUUCGCCAGUGAAGAAUGUUUCUGUGCCAACACCAGCUUUUAAUGAGCUGUGUGAAGAGUACUUUCGUUCUAACAAGUGCAAGGAAGUCCGGGGUGAUGUGAAUGAAAGUCACAAUGAGAGGUAUCCUGGGGUUAGUUCUAGCUGUCAAAGGAAUCAACAACAAUGGGAAUCUGUGGACCUAGUUUAUCCUGCUCAUAAGUACUUUUUCCAUGAGGAUCCGAGAAUUCAGCAGUUAGUUCACACUCGCUUUCGGAAUUUCAAUCCAUUAGGUGCCAUAAACAGAGUGAAUCAGCAACCUAAUACCUCACACAUUGAUUACAUGGGACAAUUUGGCAAUGGAAGAGCUUCAAACACGCAGGGGGUUCAAAAUGCUUGUGUAAACGGCUCAACAAGGGGGAAAAACACAUCCAGUAAUUUGGUAUUUGAGGGAUCUUUCAAUACUUCUGAAGGCUGGGUGGAUCCCAAAAUUGUUUCUCCAUUUAGCCAUGGGGAAUCUUCUAGAAAGAAAGCAACAAAGAGGAAUAGCACUAAGAAUAGUGUCUCAAAAGGUAAAGGUAACAAAUCAAGCCCUGCAAACCAAUCACGUGCUUCUGGGGAUUGGGUGGAACCUGGGAGCUGUGCCAGUUCGCCAAAGGAUGCUGGCAAAAGACGGGUCCAAGCAAGUGGUCAAUCUGCCGGUCAUUGGUAUACAUCUCCAGAAGGAAGAAAGGUGUAUGUCAACAAAAGUGGGCAGGAGUUGACAGGCCGGAGUGCUUAUGUACAAUAUCGGAAGGAGAGUAGAACCGUAUUCAAUAAAUCAAAAAAGAGAACAGGUUCCAAGACUACCAAAGCCAGGAAGAAGAGAAACUGAACACUUGAAGGCUAGACAUUUAUCCCUGGUCCACAUACAGUCAUUUACUUGCGGAUCUUUUGAUUAGCAUUACCAUAUAGGUUCAAUUCCUGUUUAAAUGCCCGAAGUUUCCUGUAUCAUGUUUUGGAUGGGAACAAGGAAGAUAGAGAAAUCCAGUAUGCAGCAUCCCUUGAGGAAACUGAUUAAGGGGGAUUGUUGCUCAGUGAAAGUUUUGAUGCUAAAAAAUCCUUGCAAAUUAUAUAUAUUGCGAGCCAUGAAUGUUUAUGUACAGUACACACGAACCUAAGGUGGUCACGAUGAAAGUGUAGCUUUGAUAAUGAUUCAAUUGGGAUCCAAAAUAAUGUUUCGGUUCACACUUGAUUCACCACUUGGGUUUUUUUAUUCUUUUGAUCGAGCUUGUUGCAUUGUUAAUUAUGCUUAAUUUCUUUCCGGUAUUUGUAAAUGAAAGAAUAAUAAAUGAACGAUAGGAAUGAUAAGAGCAAUCUUUUAGAA